UGGCAAAAGGAGAAGCUGUUAGGUGCUGGCGCGUUUGGCCAAGUAUAUUUGGGCUAUGACAAGACCAAUAAGCGCUAUAUUGCUAUAAAGCAAGUUAAGACAUAUAGUAAUGAUCAUGCACGCAAGGAAGUAGAAGCUCUAAAAGCAGAGAUUGAAUUACUACGAAAAUUAAGACAUGAUAGAAUCGUUUCUUAUUAUGGAGCCGAAUAUAAUGAAAUAGAGUUGUCUAUCUUAAUGGAAUAUAUGCCCGGCGGCUCGAUAUUUGAGUACCUUCGGAAAAAUGGUGUCUUGCCUGAAAGUACUACGAGGAAAUAUACAAGACAAAUACUGGAAGGAGUAGCGUAUCUUCAUUCUAAUUUGAUAGUUCAUCGCGAUAUUAAAGGCAAUCGAUUAAUUUUAAUAUUAUAUCCAAAUGAUGCGAAUAUUUUAUUAGAUAGUUACGGAAAUGUGAAAUUAGCUGAUUUUGGGUCUGCAAGAAGAAUUAAGUCAUUGCAAACAAUGAGUGGACUUAAAUCACUUCAUGGCACAUCGUAUUGGAUUAGUCCAGAAGUUGCAAAAGGCGAAGGCUAUGGUAGAAAGGCUGACAUUUGGAGCGUCGGUUGCACGGUUGUUGAGAUGUUAACAGCUCAUCCUCCUUUGCGUGAAUAUGAACCGUUAGCGGCAGUCUUCAAGAUUGCUACCGAACAGAUCUAUCCUUCAUUACCGGAACAUAGUUCAGAAUCUGCUAAAGAGUUUAUAAGGGCAACAUUCAGACGAGAUACUAAGUCAAGACCAAGUGCAGGAGAUUUACUAAGAUAUAAGUUCAUAACUGCUGUACGUUAA